AUCAGUGCCAGUCAGUGCCACCUAUCAGUGCCACAUAUCAGUGCAACCUAUCUGCGCCGCCUAUCAUUGCCAUCAGUGCCUCCUCAUCAGUGCCCAUCAGUGCCACCUAUCAGUGUCCAUCAGUGCAGCCUAUCAGUGCCCAUCAGUGCAGCCUUAUUAGCGCACAUCAGUGAAGGAGAAAAAUCACUUAUUUACAAAAUUUUAUAAAACUAUGGGAUUCGAAUCAACAA